AUGUCUACUGAGCUUCGUGCUUUAGAGGAUAAUUCCACCUGGACUCUUGAGCCUCUUCCUCUUGGUAAGAAACCCAUUGAGUACAAAUGGGUUUUCAAAACCAAACUCAAAGCCGACGGAUCCAUCGAGAGGUACAAAGCUUGGCUCGUUGCCAAAGGAUACACUCAAGUUGAAGGACUUGAUUACCAUGAGACUUUUGCUCCGGUCGCCAAAAUGACCAUGGUCCACUGCUUACUGGCAGUUGCAGCUACCAAAAAUUGGAUUAUUCAUCAGCUUGACGUCAACAAUGCUUUCUUGCACGACGAUCUUGAUGAAGAAGUUUACAUGACACCACCACCUGGAUAUUAUCCUCUAGGGGAGACCCGUUCUCAGGCGGAUCAUUCUUUGUUCACUCUCAUCACUUCCACCAACAUCACUCUUGUCCUUGUUUACGUUGAUGACAUCCUAGUUGCUGGUAACGACAUCUCUCAAAUCGAGCUUUUUAAGAAAAUUCUCUCCACUCACUUCAAGACAAAGGACCUUGGUUCCUUGAAGUACUUUCUUGGACUCGAAGUUGCUCAUUCUCCCAAAGGCAUAUUUCUUAAUCAGCGCAAAUAUGCUCUCGACAGUCUCUCUGACAGUGGACAACUUGGUGCACGGACUACUCUUUUUCCUAUGGAGCAACAUUUGAAGCUUAAUACUCAAGAUGGUGACCUUCUCCCUGAUCCUGGCCUUUACCGUCGCCUUGUUGGCCGUCUCAUUUAUCUGACCAUCACCAGACCAGACAUUGUUUAUGCAGUCAACAUACUUAGUCAAUUCAUGCAUGUUCCUCAGGUCCCCCACAUGAUUGCAGCUACCAGAGUUCUCCACUACAUCAAAGGCUGCCCCGGCCAAGGCAUCUUCUUUCCUUCAUCCAACAGUACACAUGUUACAGCUUAUACAGAUUCUAAUUGGGUCAGCUGUCCCACCACCCGCCGCUCCACCACCGGCUACUUUAUUCAGUUAGGUACCAGUCCGAUCUCAUGGCGCACCAAGAAGGAGAAUACAGUUGCUCGCUCUUCCGCUGAAGCUGAAUAUCGAGCCAUGGCCAUCACAACCUGUGAACUCACUUGGUUAAAACAACUUCUCACUGAUCUUGAGAAUGUAACCGUCGAUCAAGCACCAAAGUUCAUAGCUAUCUUGACCAUGUUCUUCGUUCUCUAUGCACCCAGUCAAAGAUAA